GAGUGCAGCGGCGCCCGGGCGGGGGAGCGGAGCGCGGGGCGCUGGGACUGGACGCGCGAGCGGGGUGGGAGUCGGGAUGGGGGCCCUGGGCGCUAGGCGGAGCCUCUGGAGUCGCGCUGGGCCGAGAGCCGCGGGGACCCGAGCAUCAGGGGUCGUGGGUGCAGGCGGCGGCGCGGCUUGAGGCAAAUCUCUAGAAGAUGACGGUGUUCUUUAAAACGCUUCGAAAUCAUUGGAAGAAAACUACAGCUGGGCUCUGCCUGCUGACCUGGGGAGGCCAUUGGCUCUAUGGAAAACACUGUGAUAACCUGCUAAGGAGAGCAGCCUGUCAAGAAGCUCAGGUGUUUGGCAAUCAACUCAUUCCUCCCAAUGCACAAGUGAAGAAGGCCACUGUUUUUCUCAAUCCUGCAGCUUGCAAAGGAAAAGCCAGGACUCUAUUUGAAAAAAAUGCUGCCCCGAUUUUACAUUUAUGCGGCAUGGAUGUGACUAUUGUUAAGACAGAUUAUGAGGGACAAGCCAAGAAACUCCUGGAACUGAUGGAAAACACAGAUGUAAUCAUUGUUGCAGGAGGAGAUGGGACACUGCAGGAGGUUGUUACUGGUGUUCUUCGACGAACAGAUGAGGCUACCUUCAGUAAGAUUCCCAUUGGAUUUAUCCCACUGGGAGAGACCAGUAGUUUGAGUCAUACCCUCUUUGCCGAAAGUGGAAACAAAGUCCAACAUAUUACUGAUGCCACACUUGCCAUUGUGAAAGGAGAGACAGUUCCACUUGAUGUCUUGCAGAUCAAGGGUGAAAAGGAACAGCCUGUGUUUGCAAUGACCGGCCUUCGAUGGGGAUCUUUCAGAGAUGCUGGCGUCAAAGUUAGCAAGUACUGGUAUCUUGGGCCUCUAAAAAUCAAAGCAGCCCACUUUUUCAGCACUCUUAAGGAGUGGCCUCAGACUCACCAAGCCUCUAUCUCAUACACGGGACCUACAGAGAGACCUCCCAGUGAACCAGAGGAGACCCCUGUACAGAGGCCUUCUUUGUACAGGAGAAUAUUACGAAGGCUUGCAUCCUACUGGGCACAACCACAGGAUGCCCUUUCCCAAGAGGUGAGCCCAGAGGUCUGGAAAGAUGUGCAGCUGUCCACCAUUGAACUGUCCAUCACAACACGGAACAAUCAGCUUGACCCGACAAGCAAAGAAGAUUUUCUGAAUAUCUGCAUUGAACCCGACACCAUCAGCAAAGGAGACUUUAUAACUAUAGGAAGUCGAAAGGUAAGAAACCCCAAGCUGCACGCCGAGGGCACGGAGUGUCUCCAAGCCAGCCAGUGCACUUUGCUUAUCCCGGAGGGAGCAGGGGGCUCUUUUAGCAUUGACAGUGAGGAGUAUGAAGCGAUGCCUGUGGAGGUGAAACUGCUCCCCAGGAAGCUGCAGUUCUUCUGUGAUCCUAGGAAGAGAGAACAGAUGCUCACAAGCCCCGCCCAGUGAGCAGCAGAAGACAAGCACUCUGAGACCACACUUUAGGCCACCGGUGGGACCAAAAGGGAACAGGUGCCUCAGCCAUCCCAACAGUGUCGUCAGAGGGUCCCCAGGGCAUUUUCAUGGCAAGUACCCCUCUGCCCCGACUCCAGCAGUGCUUCCCAAAGUGUGCUCUGUCACCUGCUUUGCAAUCAGCUUCCAUUAGCGCAUGUUUUAUUUUGGUAUGACGGUCGGCCCUCCUAAACACGGACUUUCAUCAUGCUGGUUCAAGAUGGAAAAGGACUUUCUUCUGUUUUCUUCCAAAGUGCAACCACAGUGGAGAGCCCACAGUGGGCUUAGCCUGCCUAGGCCCUUCCAUUUCUCUUCUUUGACCGUGCUAGGAAUUCCAGGAAAGUGCAUUCCUUCCCCGGUGACCUUUUCCUAUUUCUAGGCUCCUCCACGGGUGCUGCUAUUUUGUGAGCUCCGGCUCCUGUUUAGCUUUUAUUUCAGUUCUAUCCUCAGUCCAGAAACGUAUGCGAGGUUGUUUCAGCCCCGACUACAAUAUUGGAAAAUGCUAGUUUUUAUUUUUUUUAAGUAGUGCUUCCUAAAUGGUUUGCAUGAGAGCCACCUGGGGUACAUGUUGAAAACUGAUUUGGGGUCCACCCCAAACCUAAUUUGGGGAUGGGACCCAGGAAUAUGCAUUUUUAAAAAGUCAUCUGCCCUUCCCAGGUGAUUCUAUAAGUUGUCCCUCAGCCGUACUUGGAGAAAUAGUGUUUUAAAGCAGUGGUCCACAAAGUAUUCUGCUCAUGUGCCCCCAAAAGUAUUUUGAAAAAUCAUGUAUCCCCUCACCCAUCUAAGUUGACAUCUAAAAUUUUUCAUGGGAAGUUAAAUAGUUGACAAAGUAUGUAUUUGCUGGUGUCAUGUAAAUAUUGGUAUUUUAAAAUAAAAACUGUUACAUCACUAUUCUAAACAUAUCCAGUACAAUUUAAAUAUCACAACAAUUAUAAAAAUAAAUGAGCUAGUUCUUUAGUAGUUGAACAUUUCAAAUUGGCUUUUCUCCUUCUGUAUUUCCAUACCACUUUUCAGCCAAGAAUCCUAUCAUAAUGUAAUCUAUUAUGCCUGACAUCUUUUAAUCAUUCACCCCAUUAUCUUCUUGUCAACAAAAAAUAUAAAUGGAAAUUUUUUUUUAGCUCUUGCUUUAAGUGUUUGUUAUCUCAGUCCAGAACCAAUGUUAUCAUAAUUAAUUAUUGGUAUAUAAUGAAAACGGUAUUAAUUCUUUGAUGAUUAAAAGUUGUUUUAUUAGAA